AUGCUAGCCUUGCACAAAAGAGUUACUGGACAUCCAGGCGCAAGUAACACAGCGGACGCCGAAGCGAGCGAGGUGCCUUCCCUCGCGCUGACCACCAGCGCGCCUGCGUGGUUAGGGGCUUUUUGGCCGGUCUAGCGGCAAUGUAUUAAAUAUACGUUAAGACUACGUCGCUGCUCAGUAGGGGGUGCCGGGGUGCACAUUUGGGUGAAACCCGACGCGCAAGUGUGCCGAUUAUGUGGCGACCUGCCUCCUGUGGCGCCAGUCGCCGUGGACGACACAUCUACCUUGUACCGCACGUCCUGCUGCUCGCUGCCAUGUUGGUCACCCAACCAGCGGCGGCGGCCGGCUCGCCGGCGGCCCCCGGUCCUCGCACUGCCCGUCGCGGCCUCCGGCAACAACAGGGCGUGACUGACGGCACGACAUCGGCGGCACCAGACGCCGGGCCGGUGGGCAUCCCGCCGCAAAUCUUGGACCCGUACGGAGCAGCACUGACGUCGCUGUUGCAGCCGCGGCCGACGCACGUGACGGCAGCGGCGGCAUCCGCGGCCUCCCUGCUAACUGCCGUCUAUGGGCUGACGGCCGUCAUUGAUGAUGAGCUGACGCAGCAAAUGGGGGCGGCGGCCGAUGCAGGGACAAUUAGCAGUGCAAAUGAAGCUGUUGGAUCCCUAACCAGCACAACGGAUUGGGAGGCGGCCCUUCUAUUGAGGCUGCCACCGGUUUCUACGGCGGACGGCGCAGCCGCCGUGGUGGUGCAGACCCAUGUGGCUGUGACGGCGUUGCGUGUGACGGCGCCUGCCAUCCUCCUGCCCGCCUCGGUGCCCUGUCAUGGGGCAAGCCUGGACGACCUGCGCUCGCGGCUGACGGUCGCGGCGCAGCGCUUGGCGGCCGCCGCCAAUGACACCAGCAGCGCCAUCCAGGCCAGCGCCAGCGUUACCUGCGAAGGAGCGCCGCGCCCGCCGGAGCCGCCCGGCGCUCAGGCGCCUCCACCUCCUGACGAGCCUGCCUAUGAUGCGGCCUCGGUUGGAGACCCCAUUCAUGCAGACUGGACGGCGGCGCAUCGGCGGCAACGGCGGCGCGGAUCACGGCUGUUGCUGCAGCAAGCAGUGACCGGCAGGGGCGCUGGUAGCCCCGGCGCCUCUGCAGUGCCUGCUAGCAGCGCCACAGCUAGCGAUUGCGCCACUGUUUUGGGGUCCAGCAUCUCACAGGCGGGGACGGCGGGUCUACUACCGGGUCAGUCGCUGCUCCGCGUGUCGGUACGGCUGGAUGUCACGGCGCCAAGCGCGGUGCCCGCUCAAGCGAACUCGGGUAGCCAUGGUGGUGGCAGCGGCGGCGCUCUGGAUGCCGUGAGCGGACUGGCGGCUGCGAAGGAGGUGGCGUCAGCCCUAGCCGCAUGGCGCACCUCUGCCGCUUCCAACGUCACCAGAAACGCUAUCAGCAGCAGCGCUGCGAGCAGUGCAAGCGGCGCAAGCUCAUCAGAAGUCCUGGCUGCUCUGGAAGGACUGUGCAUUCCCUCCGCAAUGCACUUGACAGUGCUCGCCGAGGCGUUAGUGGCUUACGAGGUGCCGCUGUCAGUCGCCGGUCGCACCGCCUACCUACAGACCUGCACUUGGGCCGCCGGCUGGGGCGCGUCCCGCGCUAUUGCCUCUGGCGACAACAGUAGCAGUAGCAGCGGAACGCCGUUCCUCAUGUCACGUGCCAUUGCUGCAUCUGCUGUAACCGCUUCCUCGCCGCAGCAGGCAGCUCCGCUGCCGCGUCCUCCUGUGGGCCUGGCGGCAUCGCAGGGCAUGGCCCCAACCGCUGUUGUUGCGUGCGAGGUUUCUGACGUGGCGCUUCCGGUCGCGCCUCUGGCGGAUGGCGACAGUAGCAGUGGCAGUAGCCGUUUGACGCUGCUACAGCCUCCGGCCGCUCUGCUGAACUCCAGCAGCCCAGCUGCCAUCCUGUACGCGCGCUGGGAGGAGUCUGUGCCCGAGUCUGUGCUACUCCCAAGCGGCAUUGUCAGCCACAGCAAUAGCAGCAGUAGCAACACCAGCACAUUAGUCAACGUAGCGCCGCGGUCAAUGGCCCUGGCGGAGCGAUACGUGGGGGCGGUAGAGGCGCGGGUGGGGGCGCUGCGCGUGGACGUGCCAGCUGUUUUGCUUCCAGAGCAGCUUCCGUGCUCCGCUGCUGAGCUGCAGCAGCUCCGAACCUUGUUGGCCGCCGCAGCGCAGCGGCUGAUGCUGUCAGCUGCAGGAGUCGCGCCAUCGGCUGCGCAGUCGCCUGUGACCGACAGCAGCGGCGUCAAUGUCACGUGCGUCACGGCGCCCGACCCGCCUUUGCCGCCCGCGGCGCCGCCCGCGGCUCCGCCCGUGGCCGUUGGCUCUGAUGCCAUCCCUGCUAACCUGCACGUGAGGCGGCGCCUUCAGCAGGGUAUCACCUCCAGUAACAGACGCGUUGGCCAGGGCAGCAGCAGGCAGCUGCUGCAGCAAGACACAGCCGGCACCAUCAGCAGCAGCGGCAGCGCCGGCUGUGUCAAUCCCGCCGCCACCACCCCAGAGCUGCUGCCGCCAGGGCAAUCGCUACUGCUGGUUUCGCUGCGGCUGUGGCCGGACCUUGGCGCCGCAGCGGCGGCUGCAGGCGCCGCUAGAUCUGGAUCUGCGGCUGGAGAGGAGGCGUUGGAGGUCGUGAGUGGCGUUGCAGCUGCGGGCGCCGUCGCAGAGGCGCUGCAGGUGUGGCGCAAUGUUACGGCUGCUGCCAACGGAUCACUCGUCACCGCAACAGCAGCUGCUGCCUUGGCGGCAGCGGGGCUGUGCCUCCCGCCAGCCGAGCAGCUGGCCGUCAUUGUGGAGGCGCAAGUGACGUACCGAGUCCCUCUGGCCGCUGCCGGACGCGAUGCCUACUACCAGGCCUGCAACGCCAGCGCCAGAGCCGAGGCCGCCGCCGCUGCAAACGCCGCCGCCGCUGCGGCGGCAGCGCCUGCGGCGGCGGGAGCGACUGCUGCAGUCGCCGGCGGCACGGGCAGCGGUGGCAGUGCCAACACGCCGUCGCCUGGCGCGUCGCUACCGGCGGGCUCGCUUGGGGGUAUGGCCGCCUCGGGAGGCUCCAUUCUAGACUCAGUUGCGAGUGCGACGUCAACUGCAUCGCAAUCAGGUGCAGUCAGCAGCACCAUGAGCGGUGACUCCAUGGACACUGCGGUGUCAUCCCCUAAGGCUGCGGCCGUCGCUAGCACGCUGGCCGCUACGGACGCGGCUCUGGGCAUGACCGGUGUCUCGCUGUGCCGGGUGGUGGACGUUUGGCCGGGCGUAACUGGCCUUCCGAUUGAUCCCGGCUCCAUCUGGGCUCCCUUCGACACCGACAAGCCCCUUACCGCCGCACCCACCCCCGACGGCAGCGCCGCCCCUGCCGAGUCUGACGACAGCACCGUCGCCACCCAGUUGUCCAGCCCCGGUGUCAUUAUCGCUUUCACCUUCGCCGCCAUCAUCCUGGUCCUGACUGCGGUCGUGGUCACUCUGCACGCGAUCCGCCGCAAGCGCCGCGCGCGCCGCACGGCUGUGUAUCUGACAGAUGAGGAGAAGGCUGCGGCGGCGGCGGCAGCUUCCGCCGCCUCCGCGCUGCAGCGCGCGCUGUCGCGCCGUGGCUGGCGGCACGGCAAGAAGAAGCUGCCUGGCGGCGGCAAGGCGGCGGCGGCGGCGCCUGGGCUGCCGGCGCUGCAGGAGGAUUGGCAAGCGGAAGAGGAAUGGGAUGAGCAGUUCCGACAGCGGCAGCAAGAAAUGUUUAACAGCUUGUAUGGCGGGGCUGCGGCAGCCGGCAUCAUCAAGGUCCCCUCGCGGUCGGCGGCGGCGGCUGUCUCAGCAACGGUCACGGCGGUGCCGAUGCUGGGUGGCGCCGCGGGGGAGGCCAAGGGCCUUGGGACAUCAGAGAUCGAGCCAGCGUUCGAUGACCCAUCGCCCCGGCGAACAUCCAGGGCGGGAACUCAGCAUUCUCUGAGUAGUAACGGCAUGGCCGGCGGCGGCAGCGACCACGGCAGAGGCAACAACACAGCAGCAGCUGCAGCAGACGGUGAUAGUACCAUGCCAGCGUCAACCCCCGAGGCGCACGUCCCGGCGCCGUAUGGCCCCGGCGCAGAUGACGUCGCCGCGGUUCUGGCAACACCAGUGGCGCCAGACGCCGGCGCCAGCAGACGUCUCACGGACAGUGGCGGCGCCAGCGCCAGCGGCACCACCGUCCUGACGGCCAGCGCGCCCCAGGUGCUGCGAAUGCCAGCAGUCCGGCCCCCAAGCCUGCGGCGGCAAGCGCCGCCGCCAAGCCCAGCAGCCACUAAUUUGCGGGUUAUGUCUGCCUUCGCGCCGGCCGCGUCUGCACGACCUGUCUUUGCCGCCGACGCGACUGCGCUUGGCGGCGGUCCUGCUACUGCCGCCUCCCCGGCACGCACCGCUUCGGAUGCGUGGCGGUCAGCAAGUGGUGAGGUUGCUCUACCGGUACCUCCGAGGCCCUCCAUGAGUGGCGCGGCCUUGAUUGCUACAGCUGCUGGCAGCAGCAGCGGCGGCAGUAGCAGCAGUGAUGCCGGCAGUGCUGCACCAUCGACUGCGGCGUGCGCCUCUCGGCCUAGCACCGCUGACUCAGCUGAGGAGGAGCCCGGCGGGCCAGGCACGCGGGGGCCUUCUGCUGCGGGCACACCCGUGAAGCACCAGCAGCACCAACAGCAUCAGCAGCUGUUGCUACAGCCGCAGCAGCCGCAGCAGCAGCGCCUUGUGCCCAGGCUCAGCUCCAGGCUGCUGACCACGCGACAGUCCUGGACGGCUGAGAGCCUUGCUACAGGCGCAGCGGCUGCCACUGCCGCGUCUCCUGCCGCCCUCCGCUCUAGCACAGGAACGCUUGCGUCACCGCAGCCGCUGGCUGCCGCGCAUUCACCCCCACCCCCCGAGCGCUUGUUUUAUACUUACAUCGGCGGACGGGCCAAAAUGACAGACCUCGGUAGCAACACAUGCGACAGCCCAGCCGCUGCCGCCGCUGCUGCCGCGUCAUCGCCGUUCGGCGGUGAUCGCGGCCUUGGCGGCAGGAAGAGCAUGGGGCUGCGCCGCUCCAUGUCAACCGCUGUCACGUCGAGCCUCAUGGCCAGUGCCUCUCAUGCGCUUCAGCAAUCAUCAUCAGGCCGCGCACAGGAUGGGGCUCCAGAGCAAAGGAUGCGUCGCAGCGACAGUGGACCUGGUGGCGGUGGCGGGGUGCUGGAGUCACUCAUGGCAACGGCGGGGCGUCGACUGGGCGGCCUGGCCCGUAGCCGCUCUGCCCGUCUGCGCCAGCCGAAGGAGUACCUCAGUUCGGUUAUGGAGCUUGGAUCCGGAGUUACCGGUCUUACGAUUCCAGUCCCCGAGGAGGAUUCUGAUGCUGCUGGAUCCGACAUCGAGCACGGCGCAUUGCCGACCAUGGCAGCACCUCAUGCUACUGCCGACGGAAGCGGCGAACUGGAUGGGCCGCAGCAACUGCAGGCGCCGGCAGCGCCGCUGCCGUGGGCGGGUGUUGGUCCGGGAGCGGGGACGAUGUUGAGGGGCGUGGCGAGCCCCUUCGGGAAGGCUGCUGCAGGCAAGGGGUUUGACAGGGCCGGAGGCGGUCUGGGUAUCGCACGCGGUGGGCCCGCUGCAAUGCUGUCGCCUGCACGUGCAACUUCAGCGGCCCCUGAACUGCUUAAUUAGCUAGGCAGCUCAAGUUUUUGCCCGCUAUAGGAGUUCAUUAGGUGGGCUUGUUAUGCGGGCGCUUACACAGCUACUAAUCUCGAACCCUGUUACCUUUGCGAAGCGCUGCGUCAUGACCAAGUAUUGACUUGCCGGGACACCUAGGUCAGCAUAGGGUGCAUGCUGGUCAGCGAAACUACGCCAACGCUCGAAUGCCCUUUCGACUGAGUGUGCUGCUUGGCUGCACGAUUGCAGCAGAACUGUGUCUGCUUGUAUUGAUGCUUGUGAGGACCAUUACUGGUUGACGGCGCCAUGGAAUCGUUUUAGCCUGUACGCAUUGACGACGCUAGUGCUGGUUGGUUGGGGCCAGGCUACUGGGACGGAAGAGUGUGUGUUCGUGUGUGCCCGGGAGCGUUGCAUUGAGACUGAGUGAUUGAGUGAUUACUGCCGGAUGGCGAGUCAACAGCGGGUUGGCCCUCGGUCGGCGUGGGUGGGUACAACGUAAACGCGUUAAGUGGACGCGGUGCGCGCAUUUGCUUUGAUAGCUUCGACGUUGCAAGGCACUUUACAGGCUAGACUUGCAGAGCAGGAUGAACCGAGCUUGUUACGUAUUCCAGGCUGCAUUCCAGUGCACCCAGGGAUGCAUUCCAGUGCACCCAAAUGCAUUCGCAUUACUCCCCCUACAAUGAAGAGUCAGGAAGGCGCCUCACAAUACACGUGCCCCCACGUGAACAGCAUUCCCUUCAGGCCGGCUCGCGGUGUGGGUGCGGUGUGCCCCCGCUUGUCGGACUGUCCCUUCUUGUAAUGUCGCAUUCAU